GAAAAAAAAAACACAAAAUAAGUGUGAGAAAGAAAGAGUCUCUCUUUUGAGUCUUUAUGUCAUGGAGCUCAAAUCAUCAUCAUCUUCAUCUUCGUCUACUUCGUCACCGUCCAUGAAACUUAAAACCCUAGUCCAAAAUCUCCUCGCGCACCCUCUCUACCGUUUCCUUAGAGCUGUCUCUAGAGCCAAAUCAAUCUUUCUAGAGAUCUCUAAACACAACAACAACAAGAAACGAAAGCUCAUGACGUUUUUUCCAAGAAAGGCUUCAAAGAAUCAACGCAAGAUCUUUUUCGGGUCGUUCAGGUUGCAUUAUAACUGGUGUUCCUCUGAUGUUGUUCCUGUCCCUCAACCUUUCCCUUCUUCUGUCUCUGACAUCAAAGGUGAGGAAGAUGAUGAGUCUCAGCUCUCUGGCUACCUCGAGUGGCUCGAGCACAAGGAGAAAGAUGUAGAAGAUUCAGAAGAGAUCAGAGAUGUUGGAGAAGUGGAUGAUGAUGAUAAUGAUAUUGAUCAUUUGGCAGACAUGUUCAUUGCCAAUUGUCAUGAGAAAUUCUUGCUCGAGAAAGUCGAAUCUUACAGGAGAUUUCAAGAAAUGUUACAAAGGAGUUUGUGAAUUAUCAGAUGUGAAACAUAGAUUUUGACUUUUGUAUCAUUAGUUAAUAAUCAUGUUGUAAAAUCUUAGCUAGCUUGAUUGGAUAAUAUUGCCAAAAGGUGGUGAAAGUGUAUCUUGAAAGUUUUUGGGGUAAUGUGCGAG